AUGGCACCAACCUUGACAUCACGCAAGCGAAAGGUUCUCGCAGAACCUGCUCCCGUUGAAGACGAGCUCGCUGGCUUGGAAUUGGACGGCGUCUUGUCACAGAGCGAAGAUGGAUCUGACUUUGAGGAAAGCGAUCUUGAGGAUGGACUCGACGGCCAAGACACGAAUGAGCACGACGAUGAUGAAGAUGAAGAGGACGACGACGAUGACGACGAUGAUGAUGCGUACAGUGAAGACGCCUCCUCCGACGUAGACGACAACUUCGUGGCCCCUCCACCACUCGACACUGAUGAUUCGGAACCAAACUAUCGCGUCGUCAAGGAUGCCAACGGCGGGGAGCGCUAUGAGUACGCUGAGGUUGAUCCUGUCUAUGACAGCGACGAUUCAGAUGCCCAAGGCCCAAACAACACAAUUGGCAACAUUCCCCUCUCCUUCUACGACUCCUACCCUCACAUCGGAUACGACAUCAAUGGCAAGAAGAUUAUGCGCCCAGCCACUGGGGAGGCUCUCGAUGCUCUCCUGGACAGUAUUGAGAUUCCCAAGGGCUGGACUGGCUUGACAGAUCCUGAAACUGGGAAGCCUUUGGACUUGACCCAGGACCAGCUUGAACUUCUUAAGCGACUACAGAUGAACGAGGUCCCCAACGAGGAUUACGAUCCUUACCCCGAUAUGGUGCCGUACUUCACCAGUAUCGAGGAGAAGAUGCCUCUGAGCGCUGCGCCAGAACCGAAGCGGCGAUUUGUUCCCUCUAAGCAUGAAGCCAAGCGUGUUGCCAAGCUUGUCCGGGCCAUCAAAGAGGGCCGUAUCCUACCCUACAAGCCUCCCGAGGAGCGGCAACGAGAACAAGAGGAGAAGGAAGAGUCUUACUACGAUGUAUGGGCAAACGAGGAGCCUCAAGACCCCCAUGUAAUGAACAUCCCAGCUCCCAAGCUUGCUCCUCCAGGAUACGACCUUAGCUACAACCCACCACCCGAGUACUUGCCGACCGAGGAGGAAAAGGAAGCCUGGAAGAACCAAGAUCCCGAGGAGAGGGGAAAGGAGUACUUGCCUGCCAAAUUUGACUCGCUGCGCAAGGUUCCUGGUUAUGGCGAGUUCGUCAAGGAACGAUUUGAUCGCUGUCUGGAUCUUUAUCUCGCCCCACGAAUCAGGAAGAACAGGCUCAACAUCGACCCCAACUCUCUUCUGCCUAAGCUUCCCCGACCAGAAGACCUUAAGCCGUUCCCCACCCUCAACCAGACCAUCUUCCGUGGCCAUGAUGGUCGAGUCCGUUCGGUAUCGUUCAGUCCAGAUGGUGAAUUCGUGGCCUCAGGAGGUGAUGAUGGUACAGUCCGUGUCUGGGCUCUCAACGGCCACCAAGAAUGGAUGGCAAAGCUUAGUAGCGAGGAGCCAGUCAAUAUCGUGCGAUGGCGGCCCAAUAAGGAGACCUUUAUUCUGGCAGCUGCGGCUGGAGAGGAUCUCUUUUUUAUGAUCCCCUCGGUAGCUAGUGACGCUGUUGAGAAGGCCAGUCGCGAUGUUCUCGACGCUGGCUUCGGCUACGCUACUAAUGGAGCACAGCCCAGUACAGUCAAUGGUGUGAAGAAAGAACCUCCUGCCAAGUGGUCACGACCUGGGGCCAAGCUGGAAACUGCCGGUGUGCUCCUCAUGGCUACUGUUAGGUCAACGAUCAAGGUCAUCAGCUGGCACAGGCGAGGCGAGUUCAUCUCCACUGUCUCACCAACCGGACAAAGGAGCUCAGUCGCCAUCCACACGCUCUCCAAGCAUCUCAGUCAAAUUCCUUUCCGAAAGCUGCCUGGUCUUGCCCAGACGGCUCAGUUCCAUCCUUCAAGGCCACUGUUCUUUGUUGCCACUCAGCGAAUGAUCAGGUGCUACGAUCUCCAGCGCCAGGAACUUGUCAAGGUUGUCCAACCUGGUGCCCGAUGGAUCUCUUCAUUUGAUAUUCACCCUGGUGGAGAUAAUCUUAUUGUUGGCUCAUACGAUCGAAGACUGCUGUGGCAUGAUCUUGAUCUGUCGUCUCGCCCUUACAAGACGAUGCGAUUCCACCCUGAAGCAAUCCGCGCUGUCAAAUUCCACCGCAGCCUGCCCCUCUUCGCUGAUGCCAGUGAUGACGGAACAUUACAGAUCUUCCAUGGCAAGGUCGUGAGCGAUCUUAUGGAGAACGCGACUAUUGUCCCUGUCAAGAUGCUCAAGGGCCAUAAAGUAAUCAACAAGCUGGGCGUCCUUGACGUGGACUGGCACCCAAAGCACCCCUGGUGUCUCAGCGCUGGUGCAGAUGGAACCUGCAGGCUCUGGGCAUGA